AUGGAGGACCUAAAUGGUCUGAGUUGGUCCUCUGACAACAAAGCUCCAACCAAACCUCCACCCAUGAGCUCUGGCUAUCUAUACCCAAGUAUGCCAUCACAUUCCGGUUCUGGCAGGUCGACCCCGUUAUCGGCAUCAUCGAACCGCUCAGCCUCGCCAUCGAAGCCCGCCACAUCCACCGGAGACAGCUUUGCGAACCUCGUCUCCUUCAAUUCGUCAGCUGAAAACAAGAACCUUUCUCUCAUGGAACAACAGAAGCGUCUGCAGGAAGAAAGGGCGAAGAAGGAAGCCGAAAACCGUAGUCGAUUCGAAUCGCAAUAUGGUGGUCAGAAUAGCCAAUUCUGGGAUAACUUUGAAGGCCGUACGCAGAGCCCUGCAUCUAUACCGGCUCCCCGAUCUAUGACAUCGCCAGUGGAGGAUGAAGAUGACAUUCUAGCUGCUUUCAAUUCUACUGCGCCGGUAGACGCGUCAACCCAUUUCCCAGUCCCCGCAUCGGCGAGAUCGACGCCUCAAUUCGACGCAAACCGUCGCACAGAGACUCCCAGUGGGGGAAUCUCCAUGCAGGACAAUACGGGGGACUUGGGGGCGUUUGAUGACGAUGACCCAUUCGGUCUCAAUAAAUUGAAGCCGAAAUCUGCCCCAGCUCCUCAGCCCGCACAAGGUGAUGACGAUGACUUCCUGGGUUUGCUGGGGAAGCCGGUAUCAGAAAUUUCCCGUCUAGAACCGCCUUCCACGUCUACCACACCGUCAAACAGUGGGCGCGAUCAACAUGCAUCUCCCAUGCCUUCCAACGAAGCCGAUAGGGCGAUUGCAGAGCUGGUGGAUAUGGGAUUCCCUGCAGAUAAAGCUCGCCGCGCUUUAAACACUACAGAGUCCGGGACCGACGUACAAGCUGCUGUUGGCUGGCUUCUAACCCAGGCCCAUGCCGAGGCUCGGCAGAAGACCGAAGGACGCGCCGGUACUCAUCCCGCUGAUCGUGUUGAUGGAGGUCGAAUGAGGGAAGAAAUGCAUGAAUCAAGACAACGACAGGACAGACGGAGUCCAGCAUUAGCUGACAAAGACCCUGCGCAAAUAGCUUCUCAAUUUGGUAAUAAUCUGCUGAAAUCGGCCGGCUCGUUUUGGAAAACCAGCAGCAAGAAACUUCAACAGGCGGUAAAUGAGUUCAAGGCUGAAGAGGAUGCCAGUCAGCCGCGGUGGAUGAGGGAUGCCUCCUUACACGAGGAAUCGCCUCAGCACCCGCAACGUCCAGGUCGUCGCGACCAGCCCACCCAGUCCCAGACGGAGCAGCAGGAGUUCACAAAUGAAGCACUUCUUCUUGAGUCGGGAGGUGGUCGGCCCCAGAAACCCCCUCGUACCCGCGAGACCCACCAACCCGACCAAAGACGCCAGCCUCGUAAUCAGCAGUCUCCUGAUGCAUCUCAGCCAAGACAACCCAACUUCCUCCAGCGCCCAUCCCGGCCCACCUCUCAGGAACCCAAAUCUCGCCUUUCACGCUUUGCAGCUGAAGAGCAGACAGCGCAAGCCUAUGUCAGCCCUGCGAGACGCAAGCGACCCCAGGCACCGCCACCGCCCUCUGAGCCCGAGGUCGACCUCUUUGAUUCUCUGGCUCCAGCGAGUCGGCCAAAGCCUUCUCCCCCUGCUCAACGUGCUACGCCUCCUACGCGCUCCGCUUCUAUUCCAGUACGCCCCAAAGCUCCGACAAGAUCCAUUCCGCCUGUAUCCCAAGAGGCCCUUCAAUCAACACACCGCCAUCGCGGAAGAGCCGCAGAUUCAUAUAAAAGAGGCGAUUAUGCCGAGGCCCACCAGAGCUUCUCCACGGCUCUUAGCAUGCUCCCCGAUAAGCACCCUAUCACCAUCAUCAUCCGCAGUAAUCGUGCCAUGACUGCACUGAAGAUCGGCGAACCAAAAUCUGCCAUCGACGACGCCGACACCAUCCUAACAUUCAUUGGCCCAUCCAAGGGCGAAGAAGAGGUCAUCGAUUUAUGCACCGGCGAAGCACCCAAACCCAUGAAGGACUUCUUCGGCAAGGCCCUAAUGCGCAAAGCCGAAGCGCUAGAGCAACUCGAGCGCUGGGCAGACGCCGCUCAGGCAUGGAAGUUGGCUGUGGAGUCUGGCCACGGUGGGAACACAAGUAUCCAGGGCCGGAACCGAUGCGAGAAAGCGGCUGGUAUCAACAAGCCCCAGUCCAAGCCCGCAGCCCCGGCCAGGAAACGGCCUUCGCCGCCGCCUAAGAAGGCUUCGGCUAUGUCCGGUGUCACUGCGACCUCAGCAUCUGGAACAGACUUUGAGGCAGUCAGUAGGCUGCGCCAAGCUAAUCAGGCGGCUGAACGUGCCGACGAAGAAAAGUUCGCUCUUUCUGAGAGCGUUGACGCCAGAAUUGCCGCAUGGCGCAACGGGAAGCAGGAUAAUCUGCGUGCGUUGCUGGGUAGUCUUGACUCGGUGCUGUGGCCUGAAGCUGGGUGGAAGAAGAUCGGGUUGGCGGAGCUGGUGCUGCCGAAUAAGGUUAAGAUCCAGUACAUGAAGGGGAUCUCUAAGGUGCAUCCUGAUAAGAUCUCUACCACUGCUACCACGGAGCAGCGCAUGAUUGCUGGAUCUGUAUUCGGUACACUGAAUGAAGCGUGGGAUAAGUUCAGGACUGAAAAUAAUCUCUGA